CUCCCGCCAUGCACAGGGCGCGAGAGCGCUUUGCGGGGGACUCCAUUUCCCAGAAUGCCUUACGAGGUUGGCGCUCGGGCAGGCGGGAGCGUCUACCCGCCCGUAUAAACCUAACAGCGGACGCCGGAUUCGCUUUCUGAGCCAGCGGGGAGACGAUGGAGGCGCUGGCGGAGCGGCGUCGCCAGGCUCUCUACAAGAGCAACCCGGCCCCGGCUUGGAAGGAGACCUACCGGCAGCGCUGUGUGGAGAGGCUGAAGAACAGCCGGGCCAGGCUGCUCAGUAGAUACCGCCGGGUGGGCGAGGAUGUGGUUGGCCGAGCCAGAAGCGCCCUCCUGGUGCAAGAGGUGAUGGAGAUUGAAUGGCAGGCCUUGCAGGAGGCAGACGCCAAGCUUCCAUCCCUCGGGGAGCGAGUUCUUUCCCCCCAGAUGCCGGAUGAGUUGGCUGUAUUGGAAGAGAUCCAGCAGGAACUGAUGCUGCAAGAACAGCUAGUGAGAGAGGAAUACGAGCAGAGCCUGCGGUUUGAUGAAGAGUGUCUCAACGCGAUGUUGGACGGCUUUGAUGUGGAAGGCAAGGUGGUCUGCCCCGUUUGUAGAAGGCACAACCUUGCCGUGAAAAGCGACCUGGUGGUGUGUUUGUGUGGACUGUGCAUUGACACACUGGGGAUGACUGAGGAGAAACUCCGGCGGUUGCUAGAAGAGAAUAUCACGGAGCAUAACUACCACUGUCCGCACACUCCCGAAUUUGCCGUAACUAAUGGAAUAGAGGGGGAAACUAACCUCCUGAUGAACUGCCAGGUUUGUGAUUCCUGGGUAGUGGUUCUGUAACCUUCACUGUGUUGGAGCAUCUUCAGCAAAAGAGGGACUUUGCCUCUGAGUGCCAAUUGUGCUGGAAAGCACCUUGUAAAUGUCUGUAUAUAAUCAGAAAGUGUACUCUAUUUUUUUAAAAAAAUUUAAAGCAGAUGUGGCUGCAUUUUGUUACCAUGCUGAAUAAAAUCACUUUGAAAGAAAAUAGGUUGGGUUUUAUGGGC